AUGUCCGAGGGACGCGGCGGGCACGAUCCGGCCGAUCUGCAGCGCCGGACGUCGCGAUGGACGGCCCUGCAGACGCCGCCGAGCGCGCCACUGGCCAACCGUGUGGCCGGCCGGUACCUGCCUCCGCCUGUGAUGCCGCCGUUUGCUGCGGCGCCCUCGACCGGGAGCGCCCCUACGAGGUCCAGCGCCUCGCUCGACUCGAGGCCGAUGUCGCGCCUCGAUUACCCUCUCGAUCCGUCGACGUCGGGUGAGGCCAGCCUCCGCUCCCGCUCCUCGUGGCCCACCCCGCCCCGUGCGUACCCGUCGUCGUCGUCGCCGGCGGCGGCACCGUUCGGCGUCGAAGCCGACGAGUUGGGCCUCGAUCCGUCGCGACCCAACGCGAGAGCCAGCAGGAUGUUCCGCGAGCGCCGCAAGCAGCGCGAAAAGGUGCUGCGCGAGACGGUGACGCAGCUCGCCGCCAGAAACACGGAGCUCGAAGACAUGCUGCUGCACUACGGCAUCGCGCCGCCCGCCAGCGCCACGCUGCGCACCGAGCUGCCCGUCCAGGCAUCGCAGCGCACCGGCGGGCCCCCCAUCAACAUCCCCGGCCUCACCCACCGCCACUCCGAGACCGACCUGGUCGCGCUCCGCUCACCCGCCGGCUCCGAUUUCGAGGCGGCCGCCGAGGCCUCGGAGCGCCCGGUCCGAUCCGACAACUCGGCCUCGCUGUCGGGCUCCAACUCGGGCAGCGGCUCGAUGCACUGGGUGGACGAGGGCGAGGACACGCUGGCCGGCGUGCCGCUGCCCGACUACCUGCGGCUGUGGCCAGGACGAGAGCUGGUGCGUCGCCAUGCAGUAAGCCGCCGCGCUGCACCAAGGACCCAGGGAUCGUGCCUCGCUGACCAGUCACGGCCCUUGCCUGCUCGUCUCUCCCGGCUGCGACCGCCAGCAGCACCAGGCAGGCGGACAUGCAGUCGAGUACGUCGACUACUACCCGGUCCCGCACCCGCAUCCGCACCGCCAAGAGGUGAGUCGAGGCGAGGGCCAGCGAUACGCCGGCGAGUCCGUGGCGAGAGAGAACGAGAGCGAGAGGGGGUUCGGGGCCACGCUGGGACGACGGCUGAUCCGAGCGCGGCAUCCCGACGUCGCCAUGCGUGCACACCAGCAGCAGCAGCAGCAGCAGCAGCAGCAGCAGCAAGGACCGCCGCGUCGACCGACCGGACCCCGAUCUCUGCCAGAGACCGCGGCGAGGGAGCAGCGAGACCAGACGGUACGUGCAUGCGAGGCGUGAUCAAUUCAGCCUGA